AUGAAUGAAUCGAAGAAUAUCUCAAAACUUGAUUGUGUAUCAAAAUAUGAUCAAAGAAGUUUUUCCGAAUCAAACGGAAAGACGGUGUUGAAAAGCCUGUUAGUUAUAAACAUCCAAAAAGCAACAUCUGGAAACAUCUGCACGUGUCCUUUUCAUCCACCACUGAUUCUCGUUGUAUUGAUCGCAAUUCAAGGAACUUACGCCAUUAUCUGUGCGAGAGAUCUUCGUACUGGCCAAUAUCAAAACUUCAAUAGCUUGGAGGAUAUGUACGCCUCAAAUGCUAUUGGUGGACGAUAUGCUUAUGUGCAAGAUGGUCACUGUUAAGACGACGUCAAUGCUCGAAGCCAAUAACGGAAAAUUAUUUUAAACUUUUUUUAUCACUGAGAACAAUUGAAAUAAAUUAAAAUUUUAAAGGAACGAAUUUAAA